GCCCCGCCCGUGCCCCCCCAGCCCGCAGCCGAGCCGAGCGGAGCCGAGCGGAGUCGCCGACCUCGGGCUGGCAUGGAGGAGGAGCGGGGGUCGGCGCCGGCGGCCGGGUGCGUGCUGGAGAAGAACGUGGCCGAGCUGACCGUCAUGGACGUGUACGACAUCGCGUCUCUCGUGGGCCACGAGUUCGAGCGGGUCAUCGACCAGCACGGCUGCGAGGCCAUCGCGCGCCUCAUGCCCAAGGUCGUGCGCGUCCUGGAGAUCCUGGAGGUGCUGGUCAGCCGCCACCACGUCGCGCCCGAGCUGGACGAGCUGCGCCUGGAGCUGGACCGGCUGCGCGUGGAGCGGAUGGACCGCAUCGAGAAGGAGCGCAAGCACCAGAAGGAGCUGGAGCUGGUGGAGGACGUGUGGCGAGGGGAGGCGCAGGACCUCCUGUCGCAGAUCGCCCAGCUGCAGGAGGAGAACAAGCAGCUGAUGACCAACCUCUCCCACAAGGACGUCGGCUUCUCAGAGGAGGAGUUCCAGAAGCACGAAGGCAUGUCAGAGCGGGAGCGGCAGGUGAUGAAGAGGCUGAAGGAGGUGGUGGACAAACAGCGUGAUGAGAUCCGCGCCAAGGACCGCGAGCUCGGCCUGAAGAGCGAGGACGUGGACGCUCUGCAGCAGCAGCAGACUCGACUGAUGAAGAUCAACCAUGAUCUUCGGCACCGGGUCACUGUGGUGGAGGCCCAGGGGAAGGCCCUGAUCGAGCAGAAGGUGGAGCUGGAGGCAGACCUGCAGACCAAAGAGCAGGAGAUGGGCACCCUGCGGGUGGAACUCGGAAAGCUGCGCGAGAGGCUGCAGGGCGAGCUCAGCCAGAACGGGCAGGAGGAGCCUGAGACAGAGCUGGGCACAGAGGAGCGCGUGUCCGAUGACAUGGAGAAGGUGGCCUUGGACCCCAAGGACCCCAGCCGCCCCCGGUUCACGCUGCAGGAGCUGCGGGAUGUGCUGCAUGAGAGGAACGAGCUCAAGGCCAAGGUGUUCCUGCUGCAGGAAGAGCUGGCCUACUACAAGAGUGAAGAAAUAGAAGAGGAGACCCGAAUACCCGAGCCCACACCCGUCGCGCACCCGAGACUGUCCCCACAGCCGGAGUCCGGCAUCAAGCGGCUGAUCUUUACAGCCAUUAUGCCCAUGGUGGCAGCAGGACUGCUGCUCGAUGACCCCACGCUGCAGCCUGUGCGACGACUCAUUCCCCUCAAGCUCCUUUAAGUGACGGGUUUAGCUUCUUCUCCCGAGAUAAGAAGCGGCUGGCCAACAUGCAGAGAAACGUGCACAUCCACGAGUCCUUCGGCCAGUGGGCAAACACCCACCGCGAUGACGGGUACACGGAGCAGGGACAGGAGGCCCUGCAGCACCUGUGACCUCAGCCCUCGGCCGCCGCCACCUAGACUGAGUGCACCUGGGGGUUCUGCCUCACACACUCCAAACUGGCCCCUCAAAGGACACUGUGCUCUGUGGAUGGACGUGAAACACUGAUGCCAAACUCUACAGAAAUGUGUAUUUAUACCCAGGGCUAUCACCGUUUCUAAUAGAUGACUCUGACCCUUAGGAUAUAUAUUUAAUAAUCCCACUGACUGAGGCCAGAUUUGUGAGCUAACUUCAUUAACAAGCUUCUCAAGACAAACACAUCACUUAUCACUGUAAUUGCUGUUUGAUUGCCUGGAUCAAACUCUAGGUGUAGAGAUUUUAUUAUCACCUGUUGUACUUCCAUGGGAGGCAGAGGAAGGGUAGCUUUUUAUUAUCAUGAAAUUGUGAUAUGGCAUGCGCAGUGGCGCACUUCUGUGAUCUCAGUAUUCAGGAGGCUGAGGCAGGAGGAUUGUGAGUUUGAGGCCAGCCCAAACCCGAUAGUAAGACUGCCUCAAAAGAAAAAUUGUAGGGCCAGGGAUUUAACUCAGUGGUGCCACACCUGCCUGGCAAGUGCAAGGUCCUGAGUUUGAUCCCCAGUGCCAAAAAAUAAUUUUAAAAAACAGAAAAAAAAUUGUGAUGAUUGCAGAUUGGAUAGGAUAUAUCAACUGGAUGGCCGGGCUCUGAAGUCAAAGGCUGACCUGUCCCCACUGAGAUGUGAAGCACAGGACAUGAAAUGACAGCCCUCCCAGGGGAUAUCUGCAAGAGCAGCACUUGUUCCCGGCCAGGCCUGGAGCGUGUGGCUGCGUGGAGGGCAGUGUGCCUUGGAACCUGCUGUGACUUUUGCAGUACUAACCAAACAAAGUUGCUAAGGAUAA